AGUCGAAUCACGUGAUUGAGUCAGUUGACAGGAGAAAACACGACCGUCUCGCGGCCGGACUGGAGACAUGGACCAUCAUCGGGUGGACCGCGUGGGUCUGCUGUCCCCCUUGGAGGAGUCCAGCGCUGAGAUCAGCAGGGACAGCGGCAUCGUGUCUCAGAGCGCCAGCAGUCUGUCGAUGGUCAGUGAGAUUCUGAGCAGCGGCUCCGUGUCGCAGAGUCCCAGCUUUGCCGCAGCAGCAGCAGCAGCCAACGGGAUCUCGCCAAGUCCGAGUCUCCUUAGCGAGGCGGCGGAGUCCGGGAGAGCGGAGCACCGGGAUCCAGAGCUGGACGAUGAGGUCCUGAGGACGACGGCCCGCAGCUACUCCUCCUACGUGAGAGCGACCGCCGACGAAGAGGUCCUGUGUCUGGAGAAAAGUUUGGAGGAAAUGUUGACCAGAGUAGAUGAGUUUGCAGGGAUGCUGGAUAUGAUUCGUAACGACACGUCCCAGAUAGUGAACGAAAAUCUACCUCAAAUCCAGCACAAGUCAAACGAGAUGAGGCAAAUAUACAGACGCAUUGAUAAGUUAGAGGACUUUGUCAAGAUGGUGGGAGCUAACGUCAGCGCCAUGGAGGAGCAGCUCACGCAGGCGGAGGGAGAACUGGGGACACUGCCGGGUGCUUUCAAGAAGAUGCUUCGCACAAUGAGUGUUCCAGGCUUCCUAAAUAAACCGACCAGCUCCAGAAGGACAACACCGCAUCAACGACAGGAGGUCCCCAAAGUUUUCAAGACAGACGAUUACUUCCCCUCGCAGCCCGAUCAGUGACAUCGACCUGAAAGUGGAUUCUUUUUUUAGCCUCAGAGGUGACUGUCGAGUCCUUUUACUGCCGUCUGCUGAAGUGAACUGAGAUGAAUCGAUCUGUCCAGUGGCCUCAACAAAGCAAUAGCUGCUGUUUUUCAGUACUGGAAAUCAUAUCCCCUGGAGGAGUUUUAGCAUUUUUACAAAGCUUUUCUCAUGGCUGCAACAAAGCACUGAACUGUAGCUGUUCUGGUUUCUGUUUUUUUUUUUUUUUUUUUUAAGUGCCUAAAUUGGUGUCUCAGCUAGUCGUCGUAGCAAGUCAGAACUGCGAUCCUGCCAACGAGUCAGUGAGACGGUACAACAGGUAGAGUCCACCAGCUUCUGUUUUGAUCUACAUUCCUUUUGGAAAUGACCUGCACGCUGUUGAAUCGCCCUUGAGCAAUACCAAACAACCUGCUAAGCAUUUAUCGUCUUCCAUUUCAAUAUGUAUUAUUGUAUGCCUGAUGUGAUUUGCUACUUAUUUAUAGUCACUACUUUUUAACAAGGAAAAAAAAGCACACUGUGUUCGUCCCACAAGUGAUUCUUACUUCGGUGAAGUGGCAGAGGGAUCUGAAGUUGUGAUGUUUGCCGCCACGCCGGGGUGGAACUUGUACACUCACAGCUUUGAGUCACUGUUGGAAGGAUUGU